UUUCUAAUUUUCUUCCUCUCUUCAUCUGUUUUUUUAACCUCUACAGUUCUCUCUCCUCUCCGCGGAAAAUAUCGCUUUCUCCGGCCGGAAACCGCCAUUCGGCACUGCUUGUCAGCCUCCGUUUCUCGCCGGAAACAGAUUGUGCGCUUUCUGUGGUGGAUAUUGUCAGACAGAUUCUUGUAUCCGUCUUACCUGGAUACACCGCGGCUCGGAUCUCCGCGUUUGACUCGGUCUGCCUCUGUUUCCGGCGUUUUCUUAAAAUGUGGUGUGUCGUGUUCUCGGGUCUGGUUGUGGCUUGAUUCCGCAGGUCGAGAUUGUGAUCUAAGGUUUCAUAUCUCCUGGAUUUGGUUGGGUUGCUGCAUUUGUUCUUUGUUUGUAAGGGUUCUUCCGUUUUGGGGUUUUCUGUUUUUGGCACCAAUGACGAUAUCCAGAUACCCUGGAUCUCGUGAGAUCGAGAUACUCUCACAAAUAAACCCUGCUGGGCUUAAGCUUCAGGUCGAGAUCGUGAUCUAGGGUUUCAUAUCUCCUGGAUUUGGCUGGGUUGCUGCAUUUGUUCUAGUGUUUUGGUUUUCGUGGAGUUGAAGAAAACGGAGGCCUAUAGAGAUAGAUUGCGGAAUGCCAUGGUGGAAGGGAGGGUCUGCUUGUCCAAAGAGGCUAAGAAUGGUUUAGAAUAUCUGAAACGCAAAAGGCUUCAGCGACUGAGAUCAGACUCUGUCUAUGAAACAGUAGGUGUGACCAACACGAUGACUAGGAGCGGAGGCGAUGCGCUAAGAGCCUCGGCAUCAUGUGGCGUGAGAUUUCAGUCAAAUGUGAAUGACUCAAUCUCCAAAUUGAAUGGCGUAUUGAAACACAAAGUGGAGAAGUUUGAACUUGAUAACCUAGAAUGGACCGAGAGGCUUCCAGAGUGUCCCGUCUACAGACCGACAAAGGAUGAGUUCGAGGAUCCUUUGAAUUAUUUGCAGAAGAUAGCACCAGAGGCUUCUAAAUAUGGUAUUUGCAAGAUUAUUUCCCCUUUGAUGGCAACAGUUCCCGCAGGAGUUGUGUUGAUGAAAGAGAGAGUAAACUUUAAGUUCACUACCAGAGUACAACCUCUUCGACUUGCCGAGUGGGAUUCUGAAGAUAAAGUUACAUUUUUCAUGAGUGGGAGGAACUAUACAUUUCGUGAUUUCGAGAAAAUGGCAAACAAGGUAUUUGCUCGUAGAUACUGUAGUGGCGGUUCUCUUUCCGAAGCUUUCUUGGAAAAGGAAUUUUGGAGGGAAAUUGCUUGUGGCAAGACAGAAACAGUUGAAUAUGCAUGCGAUGUAGAUGGUAGCGCAUUCUCAACUUCGCCAAGUGACCCAUUAGGAAGCAGUAACUGGAACUUGAAGAAAGUUUCACGGCUGCCAAAGUCCACUCUGCGCCUUCUUGAGACAUCUAUUCCGGGAGUCACUGAACCAAUGCUUUACAUUGGGAUGCUGUUCAGUAUGUUUGCUUGGCAUGUUGAGGAUCAUUAUUUGUACAGCAUUAAUUAUCAACAUUGUGGAGCAUCAAAAACUUGGUAUGGGAUUCCAGGUUCUGCAGCUCUAAAAUUUGAAAAGGUGGUCCGGGAGUGUGUGUACAGUGAUGAUAUUCUGUCAACUAUCGGAGAGGAUGGAGCCUUUGAUGUUCUUUUGGGGAAAACAACCCUAUUUCCACCGAACAUUCUGUUGGAUCAUGAUGUGCCUGUUUACAGGGCCAUGCAAAAGCCUGGGGAGUUUAUUGUUACAUUCCCUAGGGCAUAUCAUGCUGGCUUCAGCCAUGGCUUUAACUGCGGUGAGGCUGUGAAUUUUGCGAUGGGUGACUGGUUUCCCUUUGGGGCUAUUGCCAGCCACCGCUAUGCUCAUCUUAACAGGGUUCCUUUGCUUCCUCAUGAGGAAUUGAUUUGCAGGGAAGCAAUGCUUUUGUACCCUAGUUCUGAACUCCAAGACCUGAACUUGUCACCUGCAGACUUGCUGGCACACCACUGCAUCAAGGUUGCCUUCGUCAAACUGAUACGUUUCCUUCACUGGGCUCGUUGGUCUUUCAUGAAAUCAAGAUCUUGCACAGGCCUCGUGUCCAAUACAUAUGGGACCACUGUAUGCAGUUUGUGUAAACGGGAUUGCUAUUUGGCUUUUAUCAACUGUGACUGUUUUGCACAUCCUGUGUGCCUCCGCCAUGAUAUCAAAACUCGAGACCUCCCAUGUGGGAGUACUCGCACACUUUUCCUGAGGGAGGGCGUCGAAGGCAUGGAAGUUGCUGCCAAGAAGUUUGAGGAAGAAGAGGGACUAUCAGAUGCCAUUCAAGGGGAUGAAGACUUGUAUUCAUACCCGAUGUCAAACACAUUUCCAGCCACUCAAGGAGAUGGAUACUCUCCUUAUUCCACUAUUGAAUUCGACUUCACCACGGAACCGGAUAUGAUAUCUCGUGGCCAUGCACACCAUGAAGCGUGUCUUUCCUCCAUUAUUGAUGAUUAUGAAUGUGCAACAACUCCGGAUUAUGUACAGGACAGAGCGAACUUUAGCAAGCUGUCGGAAGAAGUAACAUGCAGUAAUUACAAGACUCCAUUGUUCUCUGUGUUCCCAGAGGAACUUCCAAAUUCCCAUUCAGGAGGAUCUCACCAUGAUAGACCUCAGGAGAGUGAUGGUUCUGAUUCAGAGGUCUUCAGGGUCAAACGCCGUUCUUCUUUGAACCAAGCAUCGAUCGUGGUGGACAUGUCAGCGAGGAGUUCUGAGAAUCAGGGGGGGUUCAGGCGACUGAAGAAAUCCCAACAUGAAACGGAAGGGUGUGAAAGUGUUUCAACCAACAGAGACAGCAGGCGACAGAAGCAUUCAGAAGGGCCAAAGCGUCUAAAAGUGAAGGGCCCCAGUUUCAGUCCGAGCUGAAGGAACAAAGACAGACCCUCCUCCACUGACUCCAUUUAUUUUUUCAAUCCUCUAACAAACAAAGGGAAGGAGACUCUAACUCCCCCCACCCCAACCCAACCCAACCCAACCCAACCAAUUCCUUAGGAAUUCUUUUGAAGAACCUACUAUUCAUUUUCUUUUGUUUUGGUAAUUUCCCGGGAGACAAUGUAUACACACAAAAAGAGUAUAGUAAGAUUCCCAUUGUAAAUCGCUCUGUGAUUUAUGUAUAUUCGCAUGAUCUCAACGAACAAAUGUUUCUCAA